AUGGCACCCAAGACAGCCCCCAUAUCCUCCGCCGCGCGCCGCUCAAAGCGUGUCGUCGACUCCGAAUCAGCCUCCUCCACAGGCGAGCCCUCCGCCUCACCGCCCCCUGCCCCAGCCCCGAGACGGGCAAGGGCACCACCUGCCAAAGCGCCCGCCCGAGCUACACGAGGCGCCGGGGCAGAGAAGCGGGUGACGUAUGCGGAGCAUUCAGAGGACGAUGAUGACGGUGUUGUGGAAGAGGAGAGUGAAGAGGACGAGUUGGAGGAGGAGGAUGAGAGUAUGGAGGUCGACGAGCCUGCGCCUGUCAAUCCGCUUCGCAUCAAACUCACGGUCAAGAGGCAAGCGCCGGCUGCCUCUGGGCCCAGCGGGACUCGGAUCAAGUUGCCAUCGAGGUCGCUGUCACCGCAGAAGAAGGCUGCUUCGAAGAAGAGAAAGUCUAGAGAAGAGACGCUGGAUAUGGAGGAGCAGGGUGACGGGGAAGGAGAGCAGGAUGACCUUGAAGAGGAUCAGCUGUUGGACGAGGAAGGAUUCGAAGACGACGAGAGGAGACACCCGAGUAGCAGCCCGAGCAAGAUGACGGCGCGACAACGGGCGAAGGGCAACAGCGAUCUGCAGGACCAUCUGCUCGUGCUCGAAGAAGGCAGGUUCACACUCGCAUGUACGCUAUGUACUGACGAUACGCCAGCCCGGCCAACGCGCGCUCUACAGUUGACCGAGCAAGAAAAGAUCGAGAGAAAGGAAGAGGCUUCGAGAAGACGGCGUCGCCAGAUCGAACAAAGGCUUCAAGAUGAACAAGACGAGACUAUCAACCGCCUGCUCCGUGCCCAGACAUCUCGCUCUCGCGCAAAGAUUGACGACGACAAUGAUCCCUCUACUGGCAACCCUUCACCCAGCAGGCGUAUCCAGGCGCCUCCAGAGGGUAUGGUGAGGUGGACAAGCAAGAUGGGCAAGGAGGGUGCAGUCGUCAUGAGUGUCGCGGUACCCACGGGACAAGAAAGAUGGCUGGACAUGGGCGCGCCGUCUGUCGAACCAAAAAAGGACGAGCGCAUGUGCAAUGCGCCCGGGUGUGGUGAGAAGAGGAAAUACAGGUCGCUCAAGGUGUUUGAGAAGGGCGGGUGUUCGAUGGCGCAUUUGGAGACGGUAGAGGCAGCAUUGUAG